UCCUAUGGUUAUGGGCAGGCUCUUUGACUAGUAACAAGUCUUCCAGAUCCGUUCUAUCUUUCGUCCUACUCUAUGGUUAUCCCAACGUUGCUGCAGCGAUGAGGGUUAUUAUAGGAGGAGGCGGUGGGUUCAUUGGACAAUCACUAUCAAAUUUACUCUACAAACGAGGUCACAAAGUUACUAUAAUCUCCCGUCAACCAGGUCAGAAGAGGAUUACUUGGGAUGAUGUGUCCAAGAAAGGGAUUCCACCAUGUGAUGCUGUUGUUAACCUGGCUGGAGAGAAUGUUUUGAAUCCUCUAAAAAGGUGGACUGCACAGUUUAAGAAUGAAGUUAUAUCCAGCAGAAUCGAAACCACACAGACUCUGGCUAAGGCAAUUAGUUUGUCUGACAACCCACCACGAUCUUGGACCUUGGUUACUGGAGUGGGGUAUUAUCCUCCCAGUCGGACACAGCAAUAUUCAGAAGACAGUCCUGGAGGGGAUGCAGACUUUUUAUCCCAGUUAGUGAGAGAUUGGGAGGCAGCAGCACAGUUACCCAUCACUGACCGUAAUUCCAAAACACAGCUGGUGAUAAUCCGCUCAGGUGUGGUGUUGGGCCGUGAUGGUGGUGCCUUGCCUUCCAUGCUGUGGCCAUUUCGCCUCUGUUUAGGAGGCCCAGUGGGUUCUGGGCAACAGCCUUUUCCUUGGAUUCACAUUGAUGACUUAUGCCGGCUACUCUGUCAGACAAUAGAGCAGGAAGGAAAGGACGGGGGUGUUUUGAAUGCCGUGUCCCCUUCCUCUAUUUCAGAUACCAAUGCUGACUUCACUAGAGCACUGAGCAAAGCCUUGAAGCGCCCUGCUAUCUUUCCUGCUCCAGCGUUUGCCAUCCAGGCUCUUCUGGGAAAUGAAAGAGCUGUAAUGCUUUUGGAGGGUCAGAGGGUUACACCAAAAAGGACACUGCAAAAAGGAUUCACCUUCCUAUAUCCAGACCUCAACUCUGCACUUGCAGAACUCUUGAGUAAAUAACACGGGAUUUAGAUAUGUAAUAGAGAUAAGCUCUUUUCUUUUUUAUAGGUAGGCAGCUGUGUCCCAUACUGCUAGGUCACUGCUGGCUUCUAUAGCUGAUACAUAGAAUGCAUGCAGUAGUUAAGGGUAACUAGCAUAUACCGGUAAUUAAACAAAUGUUUU